AUGCAGCAAGGCCAGGGCGAGGCACACAUACCGUUGAGCGAGCAGGCUCGCGUCGCCACCGCCGCCCGCGGUGGCGACAGCGACGAGGCGGCGGAGCUGCGGGCCUUUUACGAGAAGUCCUGGCAGGCGGCCCCAGGCGAGGCCCGCGCGCCCCUGCCGCGCUCCAUCCACCACAUGGGCGACGACUUCUGCAUGUACCACUACAAGAUCGACAUGUGCACCAGCACCAUCCCGCACGACUGGACGUCCUGCCCCUUCGCGCACCCGGGCGAGAAGGCCCGCCGCCGCAACCCGCUGCUCUGCAACUACGCCGGCGUGCCCUGCCCGGACUCCCGCAAGGGUCGUUGCCAGCGCGGAGAGGCGUGUCCGUACGCGCACGGGGUGUUUGAGUGCUGGCUGCACCCGCUGCGGUUCCGCUCGCAGAUGUGCAAGGACGGCCCGCGCUGCGAGCGCCCCGUGUGCUUCUUCGCGCACAACCUCCAGGAGCUGCGCGUGCCGAACACGGCGGCCGCGGGGGGGCAGGGCGGGCACAUUCCGCGCCCGCCGACGCUCCCGCCCGCCGCGGUGGUGACGUCGACGCGGUCGCGCACGCAGCGCGCGCCCGCGGGCGGCGCCGGGCACGCCCCGGCGUCGUUCGGCGCCGCGACGCGGCGCGUGACGUCGCCGCCGCGCUACCGGCCCGUGAUGGUCGACGUCGCCACGCUGGCCGCGCUGGGCGCGGGCGACGCCGCGCCGUACGACGCGAUCUCGCUCGUGCCGUCGGACCUCGAGGCGCUCGCGCAGCUGUCGCUGUCGCCGCAGAAGCGGCCCGCGGGGCACGUGGCGGGCGCCGCCGGCGCCAGCGCAGCGUGGCGGCCCCAGGACGGCGCCGUGCCGCCGGGGCUGACCGACGCGGACAUCGAGGCCCUCCUGGCCGCGAUCCCGGCGGGCCAGCUCCCCGGAGCGAUGCAGGACAUGCCGGCGCUGCUGGCGGCGCUGUCGGCGGGCCAGCAGCACCACCACCAGGCGGCGCUGCACGAGCAGCACGACGGCGCGGAGGACGGCGAGUGGGCCGCGGCGCAGCGCGCGGAGCCCGGCGCGCCGGAGCAGGACGCGGGCGCGCCCAGCGGCGAAGCAGCGCGCACGCAGGACGCUGUUGCCGCCGCCGAUGGGCCGUCGCGCCCGGCAGCGGCCGGAACUCAACCAGACGACUCGGGCGCUCAGUGA